UAUUCUGAUUCUGUCGGUUGGGAGUUUAGCUAUUCUUACCGGAAGUUUUCUGGAUCUGCUGGCCGGUUCGUGGUUAGAUGACCAUUCUACUCAGUCUGCUCAUCAUUUUUCUUGGAUUUGCCUAGACGGAGAUUCAUGCCCUGGUGUUUUAUCCAUGUGCGCCAAGAAAUAUUGAAGCUUUUCUUUUCGGUUCAGCGAGCAUCCGCCUACUUACUUCUUCAGCCUGCACACGAGUUGACUUGAUCUGACGAAGAUUCUGGAGGAUAUCGAGGCAUAUGAUUGCAAAUGGAUCGCCAUUCAACUCCUACACAAAGCGACCUGGAGCGCAUGCUACUUGAUGUAGAGGCGGAACCGAGGGCCCUGCCAUUAUCCCUCCUCGAAGAUAUCACUGAUCAAUUUUCUGAUGAGAGUGAAAUUGGCAGAGGUGGAUUCGCAGUGGUCUAUAAGGGAAUGCUUGAGAACGGGGUGGCCGUUGCUGUGAAGAAGCUAUUCAAACCAUAUAUUUAUGAGAAAGAAUUCGAUCGAGAGGUUGAGUGUCUGAUAACGGCGAAGCACAAAAAUGUGAUUCGAUUUAUUGGAUAUUGUGCUGACUCACAAAGGAGAGCAGAAAACUACAAUGGAAAAUUUGUCAUGGCAGAUGUACAACACAGAUUGCUCUGCUUUGAGUAUCUACCUCAUGGAACUCUUGAUAAAUAUAUCAGUGAUGAGUCUUGUGGACUUGAAUGGGGAGAGCGUUACAAUAUAAUUAGUGGUAUUUGCAAGGGAUUACACCACCUCCAUCAAAAUCGAAUUCUUCACUUGGAUCUUAAACCUUCAAACAUUUUGUUGGAUAAUAAUAUGUUACCGAAAAUUACUGACUUUGGUCUAGCAAGACGCUUUGAUGAAAUGCAGAGCCGGGCUAUUACUGCAAAUAUGAGUGGAACGUUUGGAUAUUUGGCACCAGAAUUCUGUAAUGGUGAAAUCACAUACCGGUUUGAUCUCUAUAGUCUCGGUGUAAUAAUCAUGGAGAUGCUCACCGGAAAAAGAGGGAGCCACGAAGUUGAUAAUGUAGUUCAAAAAUGGAGUGAGAGGUUAGAGAAAUCACAGAGCGACAUACAGUUGGAACAAGUCCGAGUAUGUGCUGAGAUAGGAAUAGAGUGUAGCGACUCCGACCCGGUGAAUAGACCUAGUACAGAGCACAUAAUCAACAGACUCGCCGAAACAGAAAGUGCGGGGGGUUAUACCGAAACUGACGUAAUUACAGCAGAGCAGGCAGAAAAUGCUUUGAGUGAACUGCAUCACGAUAUGCCUAAGGAUUCAGGAGAGACGAGCUCUGAAAAUUUCUCAUUUCCCUGUUCAUCAAACUUAUUCUUGGAUCAAAUGCAGCCAGCACAAAUUUCCGAGGUGCUACUCCCUGCUUUGACAAAGAUUGAUUCCAUUUUAGGUGAUGAAGCCGCCAUGGUUAUCAUAGCUGACCUCUCUAAAAGGGCUACCAAUCUCAAGAAACUGCCAGGGCAGCUCGAGGAAAUAGGGAACCAACUGCCAGUGAUAGCCAUUGUUAUAAGACAAAUGGGCACAGUGCACCUCACUGAUGGAAUUGCCAAGAGUUGGAUUGGGGAGGUCCGCAAAUUGGCUCAUCGUGUUGAGGAUGUAAUGGAUAAAUGCUCAUACCAUGUUGCUGAGAUCAAAGGAGGAGGGUUGCUGAAGAAAUUUAGCAUGAAAAGAACUCGUUAUGUAAAAAAAUUCACUGAAAUUAUGGAUGAGAUGGUUGAGGUAGAAAUGGAGAUCCAGAGAGUUAUACAGAUGAAAGAUCAGCUUCAAAGUGAGUUGUCAACCAAUGAUCAUGUACAGGACAUUUUGAAUCUGAGCUACCAUGAGCUAUCAGGAGACCUCAGAAUCUGCUUGAUGUAUUGCACUCUGUUCCCUAGAGACUACCCCAUGUCACGUGAAAGCCUUGUGCGGCUGUGGGUCGCAGAAGGGUUUGCACCGAGUAAAGAAGAGAACACACCAGAGGUAGUGGCUGAGGGAAUUCUCAUUGAAUUGAUCCACCGCAAGAUGCUUGAAGUCGUGGAGAAUGAUGAGCUUGGUAGGGUCAACACCUGUAAGAUGCAUGAUACUGUGCGUGAACUGGCUAGUUCAGUUGCUAAAGAAGAGGCAUUUGCUUCAGCAGAUGACUACUACACUAUGAUACAGAUGGGUAAGGAUGUUCGUCGUCUGUCAUCACGUGGAUGGAAAAAUGACACUGCACUGGAAGUUAAACUUCCACAUCUUCGAACACUACUGUUCCUUGGAGCAAUUUCACCCUCUCCUGGCAUGUUAUCUUCUAUUUUGUCUGAAUCCAACUACCUUGCUAUUCUUGAACUGCAAGACUCUGAAGUCACUGAAGUGCCAACAUCGAUAGGGUCUCUGUUAAAUCUACGUUACAUCGGGUUACGACGCACUAAGGUCAAGUCACUUCCAGACUCUAUUGAAAAUCUGUCUAACCUCCACACUUUGGACAUCAAGCAAACCAAAAUAGAGAGGCUACCCCGAGGGGUUGUCAAGAUCAAGAAGCUGCGGCACCUUUUAGCCGAUAGAUAUGCUGAUGAGAAGCAGGCGGAGUUUCGGUACUUUAUUGGAGUGCAAGCACCUAAAGAUCUGUCCAACUUGGAAGAACUGCAAACUCUCGAGACUGUGGAGUCCAACAGUGACUUGGCUGAGCAGCUGAAGAAACUGAUGCAACUGAGAAGUGUGUGGAUUGAUAACAUUAGUGCUUCUGACUGUGCAAAUCUGUUUGCUACCCUGUCAACAUUGCCACUUCUUUCGAGCUUGCUUCUUUCUGCGAGGGAUGAGAAUGAGGCACUUUGCUUCAAGGAUCUCCAGCCAAGCUCUACACAUCUACACAGGUUAAUUAUCAGAGGACAAUGGGCCAAGGGGACACUAAAUUGCCCUAUCUUCCUCAGGUAUGGGGAAAACCUCAAGUAUCUAGCUCUAAGCUGGUGUCACCUUGGAGAAGAUCCACUGGGGAUGCUGGCACCGCACAUGCCGAACCUCACAUAUCUGAGACUAAACAACAUGCACAGUCCAAAAACUUUGGUUCUUUCUGCAGACUCCUAUCCCAACCUGAAGACGCUUGUCUUAAAGCACAUGCAUGAUGUCAGUGAGCUAAAAAUCGUUGAUGGCGCUCUUCCCUGCAUUGAUGGUUUGUACAUUGUGUCGCUGUCGAAGCUCGAUAAAGUCCCUCAAGGCAUUGAGUCCCUUUGCUCCCUUAAGAAGCUCUGGUUGCUGAGAUUGCACGAAGAUUUCAGAACUCAAUGGGACACUAAAGGAAUGAAUCAGAAGAUACAACAUGUUCCAGAGGUUCGUGUUUAGAUGUGGCAAGUUGGUUCCUUUUGCAGUGUCAUUCUUGUAUGCUGCAUCCAGUGCAACUGCAGCAGUACUUUUAAUCAUUCCAAUAAGUUUGCAGAAUCCUGGCAGCAUUUGGUCGGUACUUCUAUGCCGUAACAAAUUUAUUCCUCAAAGAUUGGUUGGUGUCCGUUGCCUUCCACCGGCCUCUGUACCGUAUGUGUUUUUUGUUGACCGUGCUCUGUACCGUUUGUUAUUUUAAGUUACAUGCCUUGGCAGUAAUGGUAUGCAUUGUUAGUAUCGAACAUCUCCUAUGAUUAAUCCUUUCAAACAUUUCAUUUUA